CGGGGAGCGACGGUGCAGACUUCUGGAUGCCAACAGCUGAUUUAACACACGCACACGCACAGACCGAAGGUCGUCUGCCUGCUGCUGCGACGUGCGGCCAGUCCGUUUCAGCUCUUCGUGAAGUCGUGUGUGCAUUUCGGUAAACGCCGGGGCUUGAAUGGAGACCAAAGCCACUGUUGGGAAGGAAAGGUUCUUCAUAGUCGUGCGAGGGAAGGCGAGGAAAGGCUUCUGCAGAGGAUGCAUCGGCCUGGUGGAGGCGGAAACACAACGCGGGGAGCUGAUGGGACUCUUCUACAGCGGCAGUGGCAGCAACAACGCAGGCAGUCCAAAGAGUGGGGGCAUCGUGAAGAGGGAGGACACGUACCCGCUGAGCCGCCACCAGGCACAGCUCCUUCUGUUUGUGUCCUCCGUCAACAAACGUCUGGAGCUGCUGUGCAACCCCCAGCUGUUUUCUGCCAUCUGUGAGCUGUCUCAGGAUGACCUGGUGGUGGUGAAACACAAGAAGGGACACCUACCGGGACUGGUCAAGAACCUGAUGCUAAUCGGAAGGAAGGACAACCAAGAGGACUUGCACAUGCUUGGCUUUGAGGUGGAAUUUGUGGACUCAGAUAAUGGCGUGUCAUCCAAGAAGCCCGCUCCACCUCCCCUGUUCAGUGCAGCAGACAUCAGCCAGGUAGUCCCAUCGUACUCUGUCCCCUUUGGACUGCACUGGAGAGAUGGCACCGGUGCUGCUCUAAACAGAAAGGCGGUGACACGCAUCAACUCCAUGCCAAGUUUGGGAUCUCACAGACGACAAAUUUUGGAGAACCACCAAAGCCCAAACCCCCACAACUCCCGUGCCCCACUGGAGAUGGGAUCCAUUGUGGAGGUGAAGUCCAAUACGGGGGUCACUGUGUACGGGGUCAUCCGCUGGAUGGGGAUCCUUAAUGGAAAGACAAAUGAAUGGGUGGGGAUUGAAUUGGACUAUGAUGUGAAUGGCUGCUCUGACGGGACCUAUGAUGGCAAGAGGUAUUUCUCCUGCAAAGGGAACAGGGCUCUGUUCGUACCUGUGACAAAGUGCAGCCCUGACAGCAGGUUUCUCUGCUCCGCUGCAAGACAGGAGACUCUCAAACCUUCAGAACCUCCCUCAGUCCCCCCAUUAGAGGACUCAGAGGAAGAUGCACCACCUAUCUCUGAAACAGAGGCCUUGUCUUUAUUGGUGGGAAGAAUGAAGGGGAUUCAGGGUCACUUUAACUCCUGCUACCUCGAUGCCACAUUAUUCUGUCUGUUCAGCUCAUCCACGAUCCUGGAUAAUAUCUGCCACAAGUCAUCUGGCUCAGAACAACCCAUAACUUGCACACUGAGAAAAGACAUUGUCAACCGUUUACGCAGACAAGGCUUUGUGCCUGCUGAGAGUGUGAUGAAUUUUCGUAAACAACUUGGCUGUGACACCUACCUAAAAGAGGAAAAAGAUCCUGAGGAGUUCAUCACGGUUCUGCUUCAAAGGGUGCUUUGCAAGGAACCACUGCUUAAGCUCAGAUCAAGAGGAGAGACGUCUCAGGGUGCCUACACCUUCCAAAUCAUUCUAGAUAAAGAGCAGGUGGAACAGAUGCCCACUGUCCAACAGCUGCUGGACAUCUCCUUCAUGUCAUGCGACCUGAAGUUUGAGGAGGUCCCCUCCUUUCUAAUAGUGCAGAUGCCAAGGUUUGGAAAGAAGUAUAAGAUGUUCCCUCACAUCAUUCCCUCCACAGAGCUGGACAUCACAGAUCUCCUAUACAACUCUCCCAGAGAAUGCUUUGUCUGUGGGCGUUUGGCAGAGUAUGAGUGUCUCCAGUGUCUGCCAGACCGCAAACUGCAGCCAGGGAGAAUCAAACAGUUCUGCACUAUUUGCAACACACAGGUGCACACCCAUCCCUCAAGACAGGAGCACUCCCCAAAGACUCUUGCACUGCCAGAAGGGGUCCCCUGUGCCCCUGGGACCCGGCACACAAUGCAGCUGUUUGCUGUGCUCUGUAUUCAGACUAGCCACUAUGUGUCCUUUGUAAAAUAUGGCCCUGACCCUCGUUCCUGGCUCUUUUUUGACAGCAUGGCAGACCGAUAUGGUGAUGACCGAAGUGGUUACAACAUUCCAGAGAUCAAGGCUUGUCCCGAGCUGGGUGACUUCCUGUCCCAGUCGGAGGAGCAGAUAGCUCAGGCUAACCCCUCCCAGGCGGGUGAGCCAGUACGCAGACUACUGUGUGACUCCUACAUGUUUUUAUACCAGAGGCCAUCGAUAUCGCUCCAAGAAUAAAGACCAUCAUGAGCCAAUAACACAGAAGGCAGGACAUGUUGUUCUCAUAACAGUGCCAUGUGUUGAUAAGCGGCAACCAUUAGGACUUUUAAAGUGGAUGCUCUUAAGAGUACUAUUAUAAACAAUAUUAGGGCUGAUCUUGUUACACUUGUAAUUAUUUUAACCGAAAUGUAUGAGUCAUGGAAGCAGGCAGAUAAAAUAACAUUUUGAAUAACAUUUUAAACUUAUUGUUCCUUGUUAGUCUUUUGUUGUUGUUUGUACAUUAUUGUAAUUUAUACGUUGAAUUUAUAAAGGAAUCUGUAACA